UUUUUAUUAUUGUCUCGCGGAAGAACAUCAAUACAUUUGGAUGGGCGUGCUGGCGUACACGAUUGGACAAAAUUAUGAUGUUCCUUUGAAAAUGUCGGUGAUUGUAUGUAGGGAUGCGUGCAUGACUAGCUGACACUCGUCUUGACCUUAUUUCAUCUGACGCCAUGUUGAAAGUUGGAGCUGAGUUGCAUGAAGUGCAAGCGUGGCAUAUAUCUCGUUAUGAUUUCCGUUUCACCCUAAAUGUUAGUUAGACAUUUCACAUUGCGGUCGACUUGAUGAAAAGGAAAAUCUCUUCGACGUAACUGCACUUCGCCACGUGUGGACUUUGCACUGUCUUUGGCAUACGGUAAUUCUCAACGCAUGUGAAGUUAGGUGAUCGUGUAGAUCAACACGCUAUUCACAGCUGUAGACCGACAACGGCACGUCCCAUGCUUUGAUUCGUUAUGGAAUUUUGAGAACGUCACCGACCGGGAAGUCACUCGUUGAUCGCAUAAGCCUUUUUAUAUCAUCUCCAUAUAUCGAGAAUGGCUUGAAAAUCAUAAGUUAGAGAAAGCUCAGUUAGACUGAACUGAAAACACAACGACAUAUCUUUAUGUACAGCUCUGAGAUGGGAUCAGAAGUAUCCAAAACUUGUUUUUAAAGGUGAUUCCACUCGAUCGAGACCAACAGGAUCCUACUUGUAUACCCACUGUUCAACACACCUCAUGACCCUGUUUGAAUUCUGGCCUACUCCCGAUCGGACCGGGCAAUCGGAUGAUCUUUCAGAGAGCAAGACACUGCAUGUGCACAGUGGGAGGGAAUAUUGAAAACACAUCAUUGUCUGCUCCAGAAUAAUAUCUAGGCAUCAGGCCAUGCAUUGUUCAGCAUAACAAGACCAAGACGGUGUCUUACUCAUAGAAAGGAUUUAUCACGCGGUGGUUAAUCACGUGUAAGCAGACAAAGCCUAACUUGCAUUAAUUACAAAAGGAACCGGCGUACGAUAUGGCAACCACAGCGUACAACUCUCUGAGUCGUGCUGGCUUAACCUUCGAAUAUCUGCAUACAAACUCAACAACUCACGAGUUUUUAUUUGGAGCUCUUGCAGAACUUCUUGACAAUGCCAGGGACGCAGAAGCAAGUCGUAUGGAUGUGUACACAGAAUUUGAUGGGACAAUGCGAGGAGGAUACAUAUUAUGUUUCCUUGACAAUGGAACAGGAAUGGACCCACAUGAAACUGCAUCCAUCAUUCAGUUUGGAAGGUCAUCAAAGCGUCUACCUGAUGGGAAUUUGAUAGGCCAGUAUGGAAAUGGAUUGAAAUCGGGUACGAUGAGGAUAGGGCGUGAUUUCAUCCUAUUCACCAAGAAGAAUGACACAAUGAGCUGUCUCCUGCUAUCUAGGACAUUCCAUGAACAGGAGAAGAUCGAGGAGGUUAUUGUCCCCAUGCCAUCAUUCAAUGCCAGUACAGGAACACCCUUGAUUGGAACCUCGGCAGCAGAAAAAGAAAGGCAUCGAGUAGAAAUGGAUAUAAUUCUAAAGUACUCCCCCUUUCAUACAGAAGAGGAACUCUUUAGGCAAUUCAGACAGAUCAAAAACUCAGGAACUCUUGUCAUUGUGUAUCAUAUGAAGCUGUUAGACAACGGAGAACCUGAACUCGAUGUGUUUUCUGAUGAUACAGACAUAUUGAUGGGAGGUGUUAACUCACAGGAUAUCACCUAUGACAAUGGGAUGUACCCAGAAAGAUACUCCUUUAGAGCAUAUACAAGAAUAUUGUAUGCAGAGCCGAAGAUGAAGAUAUAUAUUCAAGGACGGAAAGUAAGGACAAGAAAGCUUACCUAUGUCAUGUAUAAACCAAAGCUUUACAAAUACAGUUCCAAUCGCUUCAAGAAAAGGUCUGAGACCGAUGCAGCAAGAGCUGCAGAAGCAGCAAAGAAUGCUAAGGAGAAUGAAAGAGAAGCUGUCAGCAAACUCAAAGACCUUGAGUUGAAAUAUAAGAACAUCAAUACCAAAGACUCAAGAGCCAAGAUCAGGCAAGCGCAGGCCCAUGCUCAAGAUAUGAAGGAAGAGUCUGCGUUGAGGCAUAAAAUAGCCGACAUUAAACAGAAGGCCAUGAAGGAACCAAAGACGUUGGAUUUCAUCUUCGGUGUCAACAUUGAGAACCGACGGCAGCAGGGGAUGUUUAUCUAUAACUGUGAUCGUCUUGUGAAGAUGUAUGAGAAAGUGGGUCCUCAACAGGAUGGUGGAGUCAUGUGCAGUGGAGUCCUGGGCUAUGUCAACAUUCCAUACAUCGUUCUAGAGCCGACCCAUAACAAACAGGACUUUGCCGACAACAAAGAGUAUCGGUUGCUCCUCAAGUCCCUAGGAGAACACAUCAUACAGUACUGGAAAGACAUCAAUAUAGUGAACCAAGGAGUGUUGAAGUUCUGGGAGAGUUACGGUUACGUGAGUGCAAACUGGAAGGAUGCCCCGUCACAAGAAGCCAAGUUCAUCAGGAAAAGAGCCAUGCAACUCCCAACAAUGAUUCAAUGCAACUCUUGCCUAAAAUGGAGACAACUGCCGUUUUCUACCAGCACUAUCGGUAUAGAGUACCCUGAUAACUGGGAAUGUUCAAUGAAUAAAGAUACCACUCUCAAUAGAUGCAGUAAUCCGGAGAAGAAGCUGUCUAUUCCUACAGGAACCAUGAGAAAGGAAAUCAAAAGUGCAGAGGAAAAACAGAAAGAUCUUGAAGAGGACAUCAAGAAGAAACAGCAGAAGCUUCAGCAAAUGGAAAGAACCAAAAAGUUAUUUUCAAGACGUCGGCGAUCUCCAACUCCUGAAUCACCUUCUCCGCCACCAUCUCCUCCUAGGCCGAAGAAAAUUGCAAGGUCCACUCCAAAACCAAGCCCUAAACCUGCUCCAAAACCAGCGCCAACACCUCCACCUAAACACAUUCCAAAAGGGAAGGCCAAGCCAAUUCCUAAAGUUCAACCAAAGCCACCUCCAAAACCAGCUCCUAAACCCAAAGAAGAACUUGUCACAAAGAAGCAAUUUUCAUCUAAAGUGAAACCGAUCGGUAAAGCUUCUCCAGUCGUGCAUCAACGGCCAGUUAGCCCUAAGCCUGCCAAGCGAUCAGCUGCAAUCACCCCUGCCAAACGCCCCAGCCCUAGCCCUAUAGCAAGCCCUCCACCUUCAUCUCGGACCAAGGCGGCGGUUAUAGAGGAUGAUGAGCCAGUCUUGGAACUAGAACCUACUCCUAAGAAGAAAAGGAAAGUUAGCGAGUCAUCACAAGAUUCACAGGACUCACAAGACACGGCAGAGAAGAAUGCAAACAGUGAAACAGACACAGAGUUGGAAGGAGUGGGGAUCAAAGUUGAAACCCUGAUUAAGGGUCAGUGGCACAAAGGUCAAGUGGUCAAGGUCAGCAGGAAGCCAGAUAGUGGCGACAAAUGGAAGGUCAAGUUUGAUGACCAUCCUAAAGACAAGUUUGACAAGUGGUAUGAUAAGGAAAGCUCAGAUCUUCGGUUGCAGGGUAGUGAAGAUUCUAUGUCAUCGCAAGAAGAAGAAAUCAAGCAGGAUACAGACAAGCCAGACGGAAAGACAAAAGAGAAGGCAGAAGAGAAGAAAGAAGAAAAGUCAGAAGAGAAGAUUGAAAAACAGAAGCCUGAAAAGAAAGUAGAAGAAAAGGCAGCGAAGGAAAAGACACCAGAGGAGUCGGACAAACCAGUCAAGGAAGUGAAAGGAACAACAAAGGAAAAGAAGGAGAGUGAUGAAGAGAAGAAAGAACCCAAAGGAAAUGAUAAAGUUGAAGAGAAAGAAGAGAAAAAGAAAGAGGAACCAAAAGGAAAGAGCAUAGAGGAGGCAGGAGGAAGCAAAGAGGAAGUGGAGAAAUUAACCCAACUUAAUGGCUCACUUUGUGAUGGUUUCAGAACAUGCUUGAGGUAUUUCCUCCCACCAGAGUGGACAAUGUCAAAAGAUGAUAUCAAUGACAUGGAUGCCAAGAAGCUAACUGAGUUUCCACUUGACAAUUUCUUUGACCACUAUGAGAAGGGAUUGCGAGAUUUGGUUGGCAGAUAUCAGGUGAAUGCUGAAGAGAAAGAGAAGGAAGCUAUGACUGCUCAGGGUAAACUCAACAAUCUACGCAAGAUGGUGGCACAACUACUUUCAACAUUACAUGAUACACAGGACGGUCUUUCAAUAGAGAGUAUGAAAGGGGAUGAAAUUGACAACUUGCUGGCGGUGUGUUUGAAAGAACAGGAAUGAUGUAACUUUCACUGAAUGUCACUUUGAAGAACAUUUUUGUGUAAUGGAUGAAUGACUCAUAGCUGAUACAACAUUGUCCAGUGUAUAUACGAGACUGAUCAUCAUUACCUUGCAAGCUGAACCAAGGGAAAUUAGUCUGGUUCAUCCUCCAACGCCAGUAUUUCGUUCCCAGUGGGAUCUGUCACCGAUUUCUUCACAAAGGCAAUAGAGAGAAUCACACAGGAGAGAGAGCCAAUAUGAUUAUGUGCAAAUAAAUGAAAGACCUAGCCCCCAUCUUGUAGCAAGUUACUAUUGGUUGAGAUAAUGAGAUUAAUCUCAACAGAGAUGUUCAUCAAUUAAAAAUAAGGAUAUGAUUUGUAAUUGGUAUGAGCUUUGGUUUGGUCUUCAUAAGAUGUAUCCUGGGCCCAUUGUCAUAAAACUUUGUCAUCAAUAACAAAUACUCUAGAUAUCUAUCCUGAAUUUUCUUUUGACCAAUCAAAUUGGAGGACUUCAGUAGCUGAUAACAGUAACUUGUAACUUGUCAUUGAUAACAAGCUUUAUGAAGCCAGGGGGUGUUUCUCAAAGAGUUAAGCAUGACUUAGAGCCAUGAUUAAAUGUUGACAUGUACAUGAUAUCUAUUGCGCAAUCUUAUUGUUUGAUACGCAUUAGCGCACAUCCUCUUAGCAUAAUUUGACCAAUGCAGUGAUGCAAAUGGAAAUUUAAGUGCGACUUUAAGUCACACUUCUUUGUGAAACACCCCCUGAUCCUGGUAUAUGGUACAGGAUGGCUCAAGAAACAUGUACAAUCAGGUUAUGAAUGGUAACUUUUAAAAAUUAGACAUU